AACUUACCAUUACGUUCGCGCUUUUAGCGGUGAAAGGUUAUCAUUUUCUCUUAGUGUGUGCUUUAUGUUAGUUUCUAACUGAUCAAAAAAGAAAAGAUGGGUGACCAAGAAAGAGGACGUCGUCGACCGUUGGACGCAUCUGACGACGGCUUGCAAGAGCCGCGACCAAAGAUUUUUCGAGAACAUGUUGGUAGUCAUGUGCCCUCCGCUUCUGGACCUGGCUCUGUGGAUACUGGCCCUUCAACUUCUCGUGCUGCUGCGGUUUCAGGUGCUCCAUCAUCAGGUCGUGGCGGAGGAGGAGGCGGAGGUGAAGGCAAUGGAAAUAGGAAUGAUCGGAAACGCAUUAAUCGCUUUGAAAUUGUGCACACGAGACCAGAGGAUGUGGUAUCGAAAGUCGGCAAGGAUGGUGAACCAAUCAGGUUGAUAACAAACUUCUUUCGGGUGAAAACGACACCAAAGUGGCGUAUUGCACACUAUCAUGUCGAUUUCUCGCCAGAUAUUGAGAUGACUCGGGUGCGCUGUGGCAUACUGUCCAAUCAUGCCCCAAUUUUGGGUACAGGGUAUCUAUUCGAUGGCAAACAAUUGUUUACGACAAGAAAGUUUGAACAGGAUGUCACAGUUCUGCAGAGCAGAUCAAGGCAAGAUGUUGAUUAUACAAUUACAAUCAAGUUUGUUGGAUUUAUAUCACCUGCGGAGCAGCGGUUUAUGCAGGUAUUGAAUCUCCUACUGCGUCGCUCCAUGAAGGGACUCCAUCUGGAGCAGGUCGGACGUAAUCUAUUUGAUCCGCAAGCACGGGUAUCGAUGCGUGAGUGGUCCUUGGAAUUGUGGCCCGGCUACGAGACGUCAAUUCGUCAGCAUGAGAGGGAUAUUUUGUUGGGCACUGAAAUCGCUCAUAAGGUCAUGCGCACCGAAACCGUGUACGACAUUCUGGUGCGCUGUUCUCAGAAUCCUGCACGGCAUCAGGAUGAGUUCCGUAUGAAUGUCCUGGGUUUGAUUGUGCUUACGGAUUACAACAACAAGACAUAUCGUAUCAAUGAUGUGGACUUUGCCAAAACGCCGCUUGCCACCUUUAGUUGCAAGGGAAGAGACGUUAGCUUCGUUGAAUACUAUUUAACGAAAUACAACAUACGCAUUCGCGACGUUAAGCAACCUUUGCUAGUGUCCAAAAACCGAGACAAGGCCCAAAAUACCAAUGCCAAUGAGAUGGUUAUUCUUAUUCCCGAGCUGUGCCGAGUAACUGGACUCACCGACAGCAUGCGGGCCAACUUUCAGCUUAAACGUGCGAUGUCGAGUUACACUCAAUUGAAUCCAGCAAGACGCAUCGAACGCUUGCGCACGUUUAAUCGACGCUUGCAGACAACAGCGGAAAGUGUUAAAGUACUUACUGAUUGGAAUAUGCAGCUGGAUGAGAAUCUAGUUGAGUUGCAGGGACGCAAAAUUGCUCCCCAAAAAAUUGUAUUUAACCCUGGUUCUCGCAUUUCUGCCGGGCUUAACGCAGAUUGGACACAAUCUUUUCGAAACCAACCCUUGUUUACAACGCCUAGCAAUGGUCUCGAUCGCUGGGCGGUUAUUUGUCCGCAAAGCCACGUGCGAUUUUUUCAAAAUCUGCUACGAAAUCUCAAUACCGUCGCAAGAGGAAUGGGUUUUCAAAUCCAUGGCCCCCGAGAAUAUUUAAUUCGAGAUGAUCGGACAGGCAGCUAUAUUCAAGCCCUCGAUGACUCUGCACGCAUUGAUCCAAAACUCAUUCUCUGUGUUUUUCAUAACAAUAAGAACACAGAAAGGUAUUCGUCGAUCAAGAAGCGAGGAUGUGUGGAUAAAGCGAUUCCAACACAGGUGGUAGUAGCAAAUCCCAAAAUUAACAUGAGUGUUGCCACCAAGAUUGCCAUACAGAUAAAUUGCAAAUUGGGCUACACACCCUGGAUGAUUGAAUUGCCAUUGUCCGGUCUAAUGACAAUUGGUUUCGAUAUAGCCAAGUGUACUCGCGAUCGUUCCAAAGCAUAUGGAGCAUUGAUAGCUACAAUGGAUAUAAAUAAGAAUGCGACAUUCUAUAGCACCGUGGCUGAAUGCAGCGCCUAUGAUGUAUUGGCCAACAAUUUGUGGCCAAUGAUGUCAAAGGCUCUCAGACAAUAUCACCGCGAGCACCAAAGCUUACCAGCAAAAAUUGUAUUUUAUCGUGAUGGUGUAAGUUCGGGAUCGUUGAAACACUUGGUUGAAUACGAGGUUAAAGAUAUUGUGGAAAAACUGGAGGCUGAAUAUAAACGUGCUGGAGCACCGGCACCACCGAUGCUCGCCUACAUAGUUGUCACCAAGGCAACAAAUACACGUUUCUUUACCACUUCCAAUCAAAAUCCCCCACCUGGCACUGUCGUUGACGACGUCAUAACGUUGCCCGAACGUUACGACUUUUAUUUGGUUUCGCAAGCCGUGCGCCAAGGAACUGUUUCCCCGACCUGCUACAAUGUUGUACAUAGCAACAUUCGCUUGACCCCGGACCAAAUACAAAAGCUGACAUUUAAAAUGUGUCAUUUGUAUUACAACUGGUCAGGAACUACACGUGUUCCAGCCGUUUGCCAAUAUGCCAAGAAACUGGCAACUCUUGUUGGAACUAAUUUACAUGCCAUACCUCAAAAUGCGCUUGAAAAGAAGUUUUAUUAUCUUUAAAGGGUUUCAAUUUCACUUCUAAGCUUAAAUUUACCAUCUUGAAAUGCGAUUUUGAAACACAAUCGUUUAACAUAUUAAUUUCCUUUUUGCAUUAUCUUAAGUAAGAUUAUGAUACUCUGUGAGUAUAGUUUAUAUUUAAGUUUUCAAUUUUUGAACUUUUGAAUUAUCAAACAAUAUUUAAUUUGUUUACAUAUUAAUCAAUUUAAAAGGUUAAGUUCAAUACCAAAAGUUAUGACUUAGGUUAAGUUGCAGUUACAUUACUUUAAUGUUAUUCCUGACUCAAUCGGUAUUACAGUUCAGAGUUUCAGUUGUCAAUGUUUAAGCUUUAAUUUUUUGAGAAUUUCAAUCAUUUUAUAAUUUACACAUCCGAAUGUAAAAUCUUUUUUGAUACUAAUAAACUUAAUAGGUUAAGACGAGAUUGCAGUACUUAAA